GAGCAUGCGCGCUUCGAGAGCCUUCCGGGCGGGCCACACACAAGUAAGGGCCUCCGGGGGCAGGUGAGGGCGCUCGGCGGGCAGUGCAGCUGUCGCAGCCACAGCGUGUGUCUUGCAGGAUGAGGAGGUUUUUGUUACUGUACGCCACACAGCAAGGACAGGCAAAAGCCAUAGCGGAAGAAAUCUGUGAGCAGGCGGCCGCACGCGGGUUCUCGGCAGACCUUCACUGCAUCAGUGAGUCCCACAAGUAUAAUCUAAAAACCGAAACAGCUCCGCUCGUUGUCGUCGUGUCUACCACGGGUACUGGAGACCCACCCGACACGGCCCGCAAGUUUGUCAAGGAAAUACAGGACAAGACGUUGCCAGCUGAUUUCUUGGCUCACCUGCGGUACGGAUUGCUGGGUCUGGGUGACUCAGAAUACACCUACUUCUGUAAUGGGGGAAAAAUAAUUGAUAGACGACUUCAAGAACUCGGCGCCCGGCAUUUCUAUGACACUGGACAUGCGGAUGACUGUGUAGGUUUGGAACUUGUGGUUGAGCCGUGGAUUGAUGGACUCUGGGCCGCCCUGACGAAGCACUUCAUGUCGAGGAGAGGGAAAGAAGACAUGGGUGGAGCUCCCGCAACGGCAGCCCACACCUCCUUGAGGACAGACCCCGUAAAGCCGGAAGUUUUACACGUUGAAUCACAAAUCGAACUUCUGCGAUUAGAUGAUUCAGAAGGGAGGGGUUCUCAGGCUUCGGAACAAGACACAGCAAACAGCGAUCAGACAGGUGCCCUGGUUGAAGACUUUGAGCCCUCCCUCACCUGCUCAGGACCCCCACUCUCACAGGCCUCCCUCAGUAUCCCCGCUCUACCCCCCGGGUAUUUGCAGGUGUGUCUGCAGGAGCCACUUGCCCAGGAGGAAAGCCAAGCAUGUGUGACUUCAGGGGAUUCGGUCUUUCAAGUUCCGAUUUCAAAGGCAGUUCAACUUACUAUGAAUGAUGCCGUAAAAACCACUCUGCUGUUGGAAUUGGACAUUUCGAAAACAGCCUUCUCCUGUCGGCCUGGAGAUGCCUUCCACGUGGUCUGUCCUAACAGCGACAUGGAGGUCCAGAGUCUGCUCCAGAGGCUGCAGCUUAUGGACCGGAGAGAGCACCACGUCCUCCUGGAGAUGAAGGCAGACACGCGGAAGAAAGGAGCAGCAUUGCCUCAGCACAUCCCUGAGAGGAGUUCCCUCCAAUCCAUCCUUACCUGGUGCCUGGAAAUACGAGCAGUCCCGAAAAAGGCCUUCCUGCGCGCCCUCGUGGACUGUACCAGUGACGGCGCCCAGAAGCGGAGGCUGCAGGAGCUGUGCAGUAAGCAGGGAGCUGCUGACUACAACCGUUUUGUGAGAGAUGCUCGCGUCAGCCUGGUGGACCUGCUGCACGCCUUCCCAACGUGCCGGCCUCCGCUGAGUCUGCUGCUAGAACAUCUUCCUAAGCUGCAGCCCAGGCCGUAUUCAUGUGCAAGCUCAAGUCUGUUUCACCCAGGGAAGCUUCAUUUUGUUUUUAACAUCGUGGAGUUUUUGUCCUACACCCCAGCGGUGGUCUUGCGGAAGGGAGUGUGCACGGGCUGGCUGGCCACGCUGGCUGCCUCGCUUCUUCAGCCAGCUGCGCACGUGUCACCCGCAGACAGCGGGACAGCCCUGGCUCCUCAGAUCUUCAUCUCUCCUCGGGCCACAAACUCCUUCCGCCUACCAGAUGACCCUGCGGUGCCCGUCAUCAUGGUGGGCCCAGGCACUGGCGUCGCGCCCUUCAUCGGCUUCCUGCAGCACAGAGAGAAACUCCAGGAACAACACCCGGAUCGCAUCUUUGGGGCAAUGUGGCUGUUCUUUGGCUGCAGACAUAAGGACCGGGAUUAUUUAUUCAGAGAUGAGCUCAGGCGUUUCCUGAAGCAUGGGGUCCUAACUCACCUGAAGGUGUCCUUCUCACGAGAUGCCCCAGUGGGCGAGGAGACAGCUCCGGCCAAGUACGUGCAGGACAACUUGCGGCUUCAUGCCAAGCAGGUGGCCAGGAUCCUUCUCCAGGAGAACGGUUCUAUUUACGUGUGUGGAGAUGCAAAGAAUAUGGCCAAAGAUGUAAACGAUACUCUUGUGGAAAUAAUAAGCAAAGAGGCUGGAGUUGAAAAACUAGAAGCAAUGAAAACAUUGGCUGCUUUAAAAGAAGAAAAACGGUAUCUUCAGGACAUUUGGUCAUAAAACCCAGAAAUUAAAGGAAGAGAAUUUGGCUUUUAUGGGUAAAAAUACUAAAACCAAUUUCGUUAGGCAUCUGCUCUCUUCUCCCUCCCUGUGCCUGUGACCCCCCGAAAGGACCCUCUGCCUGCAGGCCCUCUCCCCACCCCGCUCCCAGCUGACAGGUGGUGCUCCCCAACCUCAGCGGCGCCCAGGCCUCCCCUACACCCUGGAGCACUUGGCAGAGGCCUGGCCAGCUCAGGGGUGGGGUAGUCCAGAUCUGUACACUCAGGCUGUCCGCUGUGGGAGCGGGCCUGGGGUCACUGGCUGGUGGUUAGUGCCUGUGAACCGAUGCUGCCAAAGAUUUCCAAUAAUGUAAACAUAAGUUAUCGUCUUGAUAUGAAGUGUACCCAUAAAGAGUACUCAGAUGCACGUGUUCAUACGUGCAUAACAUUUCCGUUACGAGUUAGUGUAAUUUUAUCAGAUGGUUAUUUAUUACCAAAACUCUUAUCUCUGAUAUUUUAAGGUAAUACUUACAGAAUUUUUUAAAAAUGAUGCUAGAAAUGUGAAAUAUAUUUUGAAAUUCCGCUCAGACAUAUGAUUUAUCUAUCAGUCACUUCUUUUUAAUAUCAGAAUUCCAGAAUCCGGGGGAAUUCGCAUUGAAUGUGAAGACGUGGCACAUACAUGUUCUAGUGAAGAAGGUCUUGCCUUGUCCUCCCUCUCCUCCCUGACUCUCCUCCUGCCGCCGCCUCGGCACGGGUUAGCAUUUCUGCGCACCCUUCAUCCUGAUCUCCGUGAUACUACUCAAACUUUAUCCCAGUCUUAAAAUACCCAUUCAGUUACUAGCCUUAUAUGUCUUAAAUUGGCAAUGACAACAUUCUCUCAGAAUUUGUCACAGUAAGAAACAAAAUAUAAAGGCAUAUGGUAACUUUUUUCCUGGGUUCUAGUAUGCAGUAUGUUUUUAUUCAAGACAUUGGCGUUUUAAAAAACAAGCAGGAUUUGACUCAGUGGCACACGGAAACCAUGACAACCUGUCAAAGGCUUCUGGUCAUUUCAGGAAGUGAGGAUCUGAAGGAAAUAUGGCAUAAUCUUAAGAUUUGAUAAUACUUUGUGGCUAUUCGUUACAUUACUCUUUAAUCUUACGUAUUGCAUGUAUUUCACAAUAGAAACCAAUCUCAAAGAAUAGAAAACAUAGAAACACUGUAUUACGUACAUAAUUAUAUUCAUAUGUUGUAUACAUCAGCCAAAAUACACUUAAGGUGAAAACAUUAAAAGGAAUGAAGAGCUGUAUUUAUUGGUAGCUAUAACGAGAAAAUUUAACAAUCACAAACUUGUAUCCACGUUCCAGUAUCGUUUAUAAAUACCUGACUCCCAGUCUGUAGAUGUAUGUACUUACUGGUUGUUGAAAACUGAUCUAACCUAAUUUGUUUAUACACAGUUAUGAAAUUUUUUUCUGUUAGAUAUUGAUAAAUAUUAAGUUUGAGGUGGAUACUGACCAGCUGCCCCCCGCCCCCCACAGCCUUGUCAGCAGGGUAUGGAGAAAAUAGAUCUCAGCCCCAAUUCUGUCACACACAGAAACAUUUAUUACAAACCCAUUAGCAGCCAGGGGCAGACCUGUUCCCACAGCCAGCUCUGUGAGCUUGAUAAAGUCCAGGCCCUCUUAGGUGAUCAGCCAUGGCUUUCUGAAGUGUCCUGAAGGCUGUGAUGGUGGAUCUCAGGGGAGGGCUGGUCCCUGCCAGCGCCCCCCGCCAGCCCUCCGCCUCUCAGGGCCUUGCUCGUGGAGGGUGGGGCGUGCCCACUGACAAAUCCUGAGUACACCAGUUUUUAACCAGCGAGGGACCUUUUCUUACCUCCACCAUUCUAGUAAGCCCCUAACGCACCUACAGUUUCAGUAAUAUGCAGGGUGCUUGUUAGGCGCUUGUCCUGACCAGGGACAGAGAUGAAGGGUGAACGCGGAGGUCCUGACGACACUCCCCACGCCCAGGGGCACCUGACAGGCAGGCGUGCAGUGCGUGUGCUGCAGUAAUGCAAAGGCAGGCACCACGGGCCGGGGACCCCAGUGCAUCUACUUAGUCACGCAAGUCACAUAUAAACUCCCUGGCUGCUUCUAGCCACGCGGGGCCACCACUGACCCCCAAAAGGUUAAACAUGAUGCAUGUGGGCAUCGCUUACACAAAAGCAGCUGUUUAGGUCAUGAAAUGUCUUGGUUUUAUGCUCCCAAAAUGACACAGCUAAUGUGACAUUUUCCAGAGAGUCGUGCUCCAUGUGUACAAUCCCAGGUUUAUUUCCGGUGAGCACUCUACACAAUUAUAUGACAUUAUAUUUUAUCAUUAUUUUAUGUUGUCAUUAGUUGCCGUUGAGUUGGCUCCAACUUGUGGGGUGACCUCUAUAUGUAACAGAAUGAAGUGCUGCCUGGUCCUGUGCCAUCACUGAUAUGUUUGAGUCUGUUUAUUUUGUAUGUUGUUGUUGGGUGCUGUCAAGUCAAUUCUGACUCAUAGCAACACUGUAGGACACAGUGGAACUGCCCCAUAGGGUUUCCUAGGCUGUAAUCUGUACAGGAGCAGAUCACCAAGUCUUUUCUCCCACGGAGCAGCUGGUGGGUUUGAACCACCAACCCUGCAGUUGUUAGCAGCUGAGCGCUUAGCCAUUGUACAACCAGAGGUUUAUAUAUAUUUUUUCUAUUAAAUGUAAUUGGACUAAACAAAGCAAAUGAAAGGUUAUUAAAUAAACCUACCAAUGUCCUGUUGAGGAGAGACACAUCAUCAACUAAAGAUUCAAUUUUAAGAGAUGGAAAAGGAUAGGCCAUACAAACACAAAGAAAACAGGUGUAGCUAAAUUAAUAUAAAAGAGACUACUGGAGAUGGAGACAAUAGUUAAAUGGAGAUAAUGGUUAAGGAAGCAAAUGAAGACACAAAAACCCUAAAUAUGUGUGUACUUAAUAACAAAGCUUAGAAGUAUAAAAGGCAAAGGUUGCCAGAAAUUAGUUGGAGAAUUUAGCCACUCUUAGUAGUAGGAGAUCCUGGUGAUGCAAACCAUUAAAUGCUUGACUACUGUGCAAAAGGUUGGCAGCUUGAACCCACCCAGAGGCACCUCAGAAGACAGGUCUGGUGAUCUUUUUCCAAACGUCACAGCCUUGUUCUGCUCUGCUCACGUGGAGUUGCUAUGAGUCGGAAUUAAUUCAACAGCAACUAACAGCAACACCAACAGUAGCGAAAGAAAAAGCAGAAAAAAUAGUAAGCGUAUAGAAAUUUAUCAACAACACAGUUAACCAACUGGAUCUAAUUAACAUUUAUGGAACAUUAAAACCAAUGAUUUAAGUAUAUAAGUUAUUUUCUAAUUCACAUUAAAUAUCAGGAUAUAGGCCAAUAUUUAUAGUGGUAGAAACCAUACAACAUUUGUUCUUUUUAGAAUUAAACCAGAAGUUAAUUACUAAAUGUAACUAGAAUAAUUCCCAAAUAUUUGGAAAAUAAGCAACACAUUAAAUAGUCCAUGAGUCAGAAAUUACAAGGGGAAUUAGAAAAUAUUUGAUGAAGGAAAGAAAAAAAAAAAACAACCCAAACUUGUGCUAUGCAGCUAAAGCAGUGCUAUGAGGGAAAUUUAUGAGUCUAAAUGCUUAUAAGAGAAGAAAACUUAAAAGUCAAUGAUCUAAGCUUCUAUCUUGGGAAGUUAGAAAAGAACUAGUAAAAUAAACAAUACAGUGGAAGUGAUAUAAUAAAGAUGAAAGAGGAAUUCAAUGAAAUAGAAAAAAAGAUAUACAAUAGAGAAACCCAAGGAAGCAAAAGUUAGUUUUUUAAAAAAAAAAGAUUCCUAACAAGAACAAAUCAGGAAAAAAGAAAAAGUUUCCAGUAUCAGGAAUGAACGAACUAACAUUACAUAUCCUGUAGACUUAGAAAAGAUUCUAAGAGCAUAUAAUGACCAUAUCAAUAAUUUGAAAAUUUAGACAAAUUCCUUGAAAAAUUCAGCAUACCAGAACUGAGACAAAAAGAAAUAGAAAAACAAUUGUAAUUUCAGUAGCUGUUUAAAAUAUAGGAUCUCUAAUUAAAAUCGUUCCUACAAAGCAAAGUCAGGACGGAUGGCUACAUGGUGUGUUGUCCUCCAAACCUUUUUGGAAGAAAGAACACCCACCUCAUUAAACCCUUGCAUUAGAUUGAAGAAGAGCAUUUUCAGACACAUUUAACGAGGUCAGCAUGUCCACAGUACGAAGUCUUCACAGAGGCAUUACAAAAAAUGAAAAAUAUAGGUCAUUAUAUCUCUCAUGAAAAGAGCUGUAAAAAUCCUAAACCAGAUAUUAGCAAAUGAAAUCAAGUAAUAUGUAAAAAGAACGUACGUCACUCUGGAGGCCAUUCCUGGAAUACAUGGUUGAUUUAAUACUCAAAACUCAAUGUGAUACACAUUUACAGAAUAAAGGAUGAAAGAAGCACAAUCCUCUUAAGGGCUGACAAACUUUUUCUGUGAAGAGUAAAUAGUUUAUACUUUGCAGAUGCGAGGGUCUGUGUCACAGCUAUUUAAUUUUACUGCUUUUGUUUUUAGUGGGACAGCAGCUGCAGACAAUACAUAAACAAAGGAAGUAGCUGUGUUCCAAUAAAACUUUAUUUUAAAACAGGUCAGUUAUCUCAUACUGUGGUGACUUGUGUGUUGCUGUGAUACUGAAAGCUGUGCCACCAAUAUUUCAAAUACCAGCAGGGUCACCCGUGAUGGGCAGGUUUCAGCAGAGCUUCCAGACUAAGACAGACUGGAAGAAAGGCCUGGUGAUCUAGUUCUGAACAUUAGCUAAUGGAAACCCUAUAAAUCACAACAGAAUAUGGCCCCACUCACUUGCCUUGGACACCUCAUCAGGAGGGCUCACUUACUGGAAGAGGACAUCAUGUUUGGUGAAGUAGCGGGCCAGCGAGGGUGAGGGAGACCUUUGGUAGGUGCAUUGGUACAGUAGCCACAAUAAUGGACUCACAGGCUGGUGAUCGUGAGGAUGAUACAGGACCGGGCGACAUUUUGUUCUGUUAUAUGUGAGGUCACUAUGAGUCAGAGUUGACGGCAUGUAACAACAUAUUUAUGUUGUUGUUAGCUGCCUUCGAGUGGGUUCUUUCUCAUAGCAACUGUUAUGGAUUGAAUUAUGUCCUCCCAAAAUGUGUGUCAACUUGGUUAGGCCAUGGUUCCCAGUAUUGUGUGGUUAUCCACCAUUUUGUGAUCUGAUAUGAUAAUCCUAUGUGUUG